AGAAGAUAUCUCUUUUGUCAUAUUCUCUCUUGUAAGAAAACAUUUCAUAGGCCUUUCUACAAUGGCAAACCUACCGCUCCCAACCUCUCUCGUACCACUCUUCUCUUCUUCUUUCUUCUUCUUCUUCUAAUAAGACUCGAUGUAUAUGAAUACCUUCUUCACUGCCAAAUUUCGUAGAUUUUGUCAAAAAGGAGGAAGCCUGGUGCCUGGUGCCGUCUCCUCGUGGUAGUAGUCUUUUCAAUUUCGCUGCAAGGGUAUUUUGGGCAUUAGGUUUCCUGGCGUCCCCAAACACGGAGGUUGACACGGCCGAGUAAAUUCGCCGCCGGCCGCAUUACCCUGCCAUUUGAGACUGAGAGCACUAUCUCACUAUAAUAACUAUAUCGAUAUUCUUUCCAAAAGAAACAAGAAAAAAAAAAAAAUCAGAAACUGUUAAAAAGAGCUCCGGCAUUUUUUUUGGGAAACCGCGUUUUCACCGGUUCCAUCCCUGUCUCCCUCCUCUCUCUCUCUCUCUCUCUCUCUCUCACAGUCUCUCUCUUUCUCUCUCUCUCUUAUCAGUUUUACUUCCGUUUUUACCCUCCGGCUGUAUUUAGAAACCCACAUUCCCAAUUUCCCAUCCUACCACACACAGUAAUCUCUCUCCCUUCUUUCUCCAUCUCCAUAUCUUUAUUAUUAUUAUUAGUAUUAUUAUUAUUAGUUUUCGAAAGGCAUAUCUCUAUAUCUUUUGUUUUUGCAUUCCAUCUAUUUGUGCUCUUGGGCUCAAUGACAGCUCCAAACAUGGCGACGAUUACUGCUUCUUUGGAGCGGUCUCUCCAGAACUUUUCUCUCAACCACGACGACGGGGGCGGUGGCGCCGGUGUGAUUGGCAGGUCGGCGACUUCGGAUGCGACAGAUAAUCUGACAAUAAACGCCGAUACCACCGUAGAACUUAAUUCACACGUCGCUCUUCCUUAUCAAUGGGAGCAGUGCCUCGAUUUAAAGACGGGGGAGAUUUAUUAUAUAGACUGGCGGAACGGGACGAAAGAAAGAGAAGAUCCAAGAAAAGCGCUGAGGUCUGCUGCUGGAGGUUAUUAUUCGGACGUGGACGAUGAUGAAGACGACGACGACGACCAAGAAGAAGAAGAUAGCUCGUGUGAGAGCGAGGGUUCCUGCACUGAUUCAUGUCCUUCGACAUCAAGGGACGAUUGCCAUCGCCAAGACGUAGGCAAUCAUGUUCUCGUAGUCGCCGGUUGCAAGAGGUGUCUCAUGUAUUUCAUGGUGCCCAAAGAGGUUGAGGAGUGCCCCAAGUGCAGCGGUAUGCUCUUGCACUUCGAUCGAACGGACAGCGAGUGACAUUAGGUUUUUGGUCUUCUCUUUUCCUUUUGUUUUUUUUUUUUUUUUUGUUUGAUAAACGUGGCUUGAGAUAUUUUCAGUGUGGAUUGAUCAAGUGAAAGAAAUGGGUGCGGGCAUCAACUGUUCUUUCUCUUUUCUUUUCCUUGUUCUUUCUCUCUUUUGUUUUUGUCUGUUUUUUUUUUUUUUUUGUAAGCUUGCUUCUUCUUUUUUUUUUUUUUAAUGUUGGUUUGAAGCGCCAUUAGAUUAGAGUUGCAGAGAAGAGCUUUAGUCUAGAGAGCCAGCAAGGUCAAUGAGCAGAAGGAGAGAAUAAAUUUGGUAAUGAUUGCGACAUGUGGCUCUCUGUAAUUUUUUAUGCUUGUUUGUUUAAUUAGUGUUAAUUCUUUUCAUAACCUUAUAUUCUUCUUCCCCAUUGUCCAUUGACAAGGUAGUUUUUGAAUUAAUUAAAGAAUGCGAAGAGCUGGCAUGCUUAGUGUCAA